AAGAAGCGAGACAGAGCGAGCGGCCGGCAGUGCUCCGCCUUCGGUCAAUCCACUCGACAAGCAGCUGUCUUCUCUUUUCAACACAGAAUAUCAAUAUCGAGAGACAUCGAGAGGUAUUGUCCCAAUCGUCCACAAAAUGUCCAACGGUACCCCGAGCUCGGCGGAUAUGGAUCUGCUACUACAACGCAGUACGCAUAAGACCGUGACGCAGUACAUCGUGUCCUCUGCUACUGGAGACCAGCAACUCGCUAUCUUGAUGAAUGCGAUUCAAUGUGCGUGUAAAGUGGUCUCACAUGCGAUUCGGAGAGCGGGGAUAUCGAACCUCUACUUAUGGAAAGAUUGCUGUGUUGACAGUUACUUUACCGUUUCCAGUUCGACCACUAGUCGCGCCUGUCAUUGUAGACUGCUAGCACAAGUUGAAUGGCAAAAAUGAUCCUAGCUCUUUCAAAACCCCUUUAAAUUUCUCGAUGCUAAGUAGUCCCCUUUUCCCCGCCCUCCACCUCCUGCUCUAAUAUCCGGCAACAGCAAAACAACCAACGCGACAGGAGACGAGGUGAAGAAACUAGACAUCGUUGCCAAUGACAUCUGGAUACACAGUCUGAGAAACUCAGGUGUCUGCUGUCUGCUCGUCUCCGAAGAAGAGGAGGAAGCCUUAGUCCUGAACCCGGAAGAGGGCUGUCCAAUAGGCCCGUUUUGUGUGGCUUUUGAUCCUCUCGAUGGUUCUUCGAACGUCGAUUGCAACGUGUCAGUGGGGUCCAUUUUCUCGGUCUACCGAAGAAAAACGGGUGGGCCAUGCGCGUCAUCGGAGGAUAUAGUGAGGCCAGGGACAGAAAUCGUGGCGGCGGGCUAUUCGAUGUAAGUACUUUAUGCUUUUAGUUCUUGCAAAGAAAUGUAAGUACUUUAUGCUCCUUAGUUCUUGCAGGAAAGAAUGAAGAAUGAAUUCUUUUUUAACAACUUUAUGCUUAGUUCUUGACUACCUUUAUUACCCUAGUAACCCUCACGACGACAACGUGCUCCACUUUCAUGCGUGGAUGAGAGCAACAUUUCACUUACAAAGUAGUUACUUGACAGGACUUCCCACCUCCUCAGAUGUAGACGUUGUAGCAUGACAAAUUUCUUUACAAAUCAUUUCCGUCAAGGUACGGCGCCGCCACAGAGCUAGUGAUUACGACUGGGAUGGGCCAACCAGUGGAACGAUUCCAACUGGAUCCCAGUGUUGGGGAGUUUAUGUUCAUCGAAUACAUCAAAUUUCCAGCAGACGGCGGCAAGAAGAUCUACAGCUGUAACGAAGGAAACAGCAAACAUUGGGACCAAGGAUUGCUCGACUUUGUGCAACACUGCAAGGAUAGGAGUACUAAUGUCGCCUCUGGAUGUCGUGUAGUCAUUCACACUGCAAGGAUGGGAGUACUAAUGUGGCCUCUGGAGACGUUACUCACGUCGUUAAGCAGUCGGUCUUAUGUAGCUGCAGUGUCUCUACUCGGGUCACAACGGAGCCAGGCAGCUACUCGUAGUUGCUACGUGGUUCGAAUGAAUGAGUGAGUGACUGAAUGAUAUUCGUAGCAAUCGUCCUUGCAUGUGAGGUUUGCCAUACCCAUAUCCAUACCUCCAAACUCUCCACUCAGGUUACACCGCGCGUUACGUCGGUUCCAUGGUGUCCGAUGUUCACCGGUCACUCCUGUAUGGCGGCAUCUUCUUCUAUCCUGCGGACAAGAAGAGUACAAAGGGCAAAUUGCGUGUGCUCUAUGAGGGUUUCCCCAUGGCUAUGAUAACGGAAAAUGCAGGUGGAGCUGCUUCCACAGGUAUGUUCCAAGGCAAGAUUGGUCGAGUCUUGGAAGUAAGUCCCGAGAAGAUCCACGAUCGGUGUCCGAUCAUCAUGGGAUGCCAGAGGGACGUUUCUUUGCUCUUGCAGAUGAUACAGGAUGCGAAGGCAUAGAUACAGAUGUCAAAUACUAGUGUAGUACUGCUAAUCGAAUUACAAAGCGGUGCGAGGCGCCAUCGUCGAUAAUUAUGCAGCGCUGGCCUAGUCGUAGUCCCCAUCGAAACGCUGUUGUGUGCAGUAUUGUGAAAAGCGUUUUCAUAUCUAUCGUGUUUUUACAAGAGGAGUCGCACCAGUGCAAAUGCGACGUUAUAUCCGUUUUCUUUUCCACGGUCUUUCAUCAUGAAGUAGCCACCGCCAGAAACACACGGUCUUCCUAGUUUUGACCUUUUGCUAAACUCUUUCUCUUCCUCGACGACUAUUUUUACACCUUCCUUGCUUUCUUGCUUGCACGAGACGACCAUUUUCCGCAAACUCGCUGAUCGCCUG